UGCAUCCUUCUCUAACAAUCAUCUGUAACAAGCAGGUCUACCAGCUGACUUAGCAACACCAGAGCUGGUAAAAAGAUCUGAAUGGUCGUAAAGAUGACCACAGCCGAAGGAAGACUUGAAACCUUACAAAUCUACAAAGUUCUACAGUGUGUUCGCGAGCGGGACACACAGCAGAUCGAAAACCUUGUUACAUUUGGUGUUCCAAACCUAAUCAGACUCACAGAGCCACGCCACGGUCUCGGAGCACUGCAUGUAGCUGUAGAAGAAAAUGACGGGGAUAUGUGCAAAUUUCUACUUAGUUUAGGAGUUCACCCUGAUUCUCAGGACCUAGAUGGAUGUACCCCUUCAAUGAAGGCGGCCGAGCUAGGACACGACUCAGUGCUGGAGAUUCUAGCUGACGCACAUGCUGACAUGACUAUUGUCAACAAGGAAGGGAAAGGAGUUUUGUUUUACUGUAUUUUUCCUAGCAAGAGACAUUUACACUGCCUGCGUAUUGUGCUGGAUCAGGGCGCUGAUGUCAAUAACUGCACGUCUGAAGGGAUACCCAUUCUACUGGUGGCUUGCGAACAGGCCCGAGAAUGUCAAGAAAUGUGCCUGGGACUAUUGGGAAAAGGAGCCAAUCCUAAUGCUUUUCACCCAGUUACAGGUCGCACUGCAUUGAUGGAAGCAGCUAGAGAAGGGACAGUCGAAGUGGUUCGGGCCAUCCUCGUGAAUGGAGGAGAUGUAAAUGUGCUCGAUAAGUUACGUUAUAACGCUGUUCAUUAUGCUGCCAAAGGUGGUUUUAUGGAGGUUCUUAAAGUACUCUCAGCGUAUAAUGCUGACAUGGGGGUUUUUGAUUUGGAAGGAAACACAGCUCUUCAUCAUGCAGCUCUAGGGGGGUUUGCAGACUGCUGCAAGUUUUUAGUACAAAGAGGUUGCAAUCCAACAUGGAAAAACUUGAAAAGCAUGACAGCCAAAAUUGUUGCCAAAAAAUGUGGUUUUAAAGCAGCAAUGAAGGAAAUUGGAAAAGCAACACGUCUUGUUCAAAAAUACUCCAAGCCAGGGGUGAAAAAUUCCAACCUGCCAUGGGCAAUUCCGUUGCAUGAUUGGUCAUUUGAACAUCAAGCAGUUCUUCGGAAAUCUUUUGAGCAGAUGGAAACAGUUGAUGGAACUAUUAGCAAAGAAGAUUUUGCCGAUGUCCUUCAGAAGACAAUGGCACCCAUCAACCCAGAGCAACUUAACAGUCUCAUACAACUUCAUGUAAAAGGAGGUGCUGGGUCUAUCAGCAUAGAUGAAUUUUUGGCGGGCUCCAAGUUUCUCGAAAAAGCAUUCCUGAUGUCUUCCUAUGUACCAAAAAAGAAAAAAGGUAAAAAGGGCAAGAAAGGAAAAAAAAGAAAGUCCGUUCUUCCUAUGCCAAUAUGCGUAAUGCCAAGUAACAUGGUCUCACGCCGUGCAGAUGGUGGCCCUCCAAACUUUAUGAUCGAAAAGUUUCAGAAUGUUACCGAUGUCAACCGAUUUGACUGUGACCACCCUCCAGAAAAUCCACUGACUGAUGAUACUGGAUGGUAUGUGGAUGAGUUGAAAAAGACAUACAUUCCCAUCGAUAGUGCCAUUAAAUCCGGAGACCUGGACUCUCUGCGGAAGGCGUUUGAAGAGGGCGUACCAGUGGAUGUCAAGGACAUGUUUUAUAAAACACCUCUUAUGUACGCCUGCGCAUGUGGGAAUUUAAAGGUCGUAGAGUUUCUUCUGAAAAAGGGAGCUAAUGUCAAUGCAACGGAUAAUUUUUUCUGGACGCCGCUGCACCACGCGUGUCACGCUGGCCAGGAAGAUAUCGCUGAUCUCCUGAUAAAAUCUGGAUCUCAGAUAAAUGCAGUGACUUUUAAUAAUUCAACACCACUUAUGAGAGCAGUCGAAAGUGGAUGCUUCAACUGCGUUCAGUAUUUAAUACAAUCUGGAGCUAAUGUAAAAAUAGAGAACAAAAAAGGUGAAAAUGUUUUAGAUAUUGCAAAUGCUUAUGGAGACUACAGGCUGAUUGAGGUGGUUAAAGCUAAGCUGGAUAGCUUGCCAAAACCAAAAGACAACACGAAAAGACGAAAAGACAAAAAAGGUGGAAUGGAAGGCAAAAGAAAAGCUGAAUCCAAACCCCAAACUCCUGGAAUCAAAGAGGAAGCACAGAUAAGACCAGCGGUCCAGCCAACCAGUGAGGAGCUUUUUGCCAAUAAGGAAAAAAAGAAUGAAAUUGCUCAACUGAACAAUCUCAUAGCCACGGGAGAAGCCAAAAAAAUUGACCUAGCAUUUGUACCUAAAUCGGUUUGGGUCCCACAUCCCAACACUAUGGAACGAAUAAGGAGCAGGGUACUGCAACGUGAACGACUGACAUAUGAAGUGGAUUUUGAUGAUUUCAUGAUGCCUUUUAACAAGAACUUGAUGAAGAAAUCUACAGGGUUAACAGAUACGGACGUUUGUGCUUAGAAUUAAUGAGAGGGUGAAGUUUACAGCCUGAUAGAGGCUCUGCUGUUUAUAAGAUUUAGCCUUGAUGAUAAUUGUGUAUUUGCCAAUAUGUAGAAAUUAAACCUGCAGUAUUUAUUCUGUAAUUUUUACACCAUGGUCUGUUAAGUUAAUACAUUUUGUAAUUCAGAAAAUAGUUUUUUUUACUGUAAUGUAUGGUUUUUGCUGAGUGGAAGAACCACUCAUGUCAAUUGGUAGUGUACCACCACCUCCGGAGAUCCUAGAGAAAGUAGAAGGGAGAAGAAAGCUGUACUGGUUCCAGAACU